ACUCGGUUCGAGUCGCUUCCUUUGUGGGGCUGAAUCGUCGUCUACUCGUCUUCAUUGAUUGGUCACUUGUCGAUGGGAACGGAGUUUCAACAUCAACAGAUUACGCCAUGGAAUGAGAGCUUUUAGUUCGAAAAGGCCCUUCCUUUCUAUAAACCCAGGGCUAUGAGUAGUGUCAAUGGAGCAAUCGUCAAGUCACAAGACGUGCGAAAUGUAAGUUGAUCUUGUCCCACAUUGACCUGUUCUCUAGUUUCAUUAUGAUUACAAAGUUUGAGAGCAUUGAAGUCAUCUUCCACGUUUUUAUUUGAUUACUGGCAUUGUCACAUCGUUUUACGAUUGUUUUAUAGGAUUCAUUUGAUUGGAAGAUUAAGUAAGAUCAAAUGAAACUUCUUGUUAAAAGACUGAGACAUGGAAACCUGGUGCAACUCAUUGGUUGUUGUAAUGAAAACGAUGAGUAUUUGUUGAUUUAUGAGUUCAUGCCAAAUGGUAGUUUGGAUACUCACCUCUUUGAGAAAAGACCCCAUCUCUGCUGGGAUGUAAGAUACAAGAUAACUCUUGGUCUAUCUUCUGCGCUGCUUUAUCUUCACCAAGAGUGGGACAUCAAGGCAAGCAAUAUCAUGUUUGGGCAUUAAUUUCAAUGUGAAGUUAGGUGACUUUGGGCUGGCUCGAUUGAUCGACCACAAUUAGCUGGAACUUCUGGCUACAUGGCUCAUGAAAUAUGUGAUGACAGGAACGGGCCAGCAAGGAAUCUGAUGUAUAUAGCUUUGGAAUUAGUAUUACUAGAAAUUGUCACGGGAAGAAAGUCGGUUGAUAAUUCACAAGAAAACACAGAGCCUCAGAAGAGUCUUGUUGGGAGAGUGUGGGAUCUGUAUGGAAGACAACAACUUAUGUCAGCUAUGGACGAGAAACUCUGUGAGAAUUUCAAUAGGGAACAAGCUGAGUGUCUUGUUGUUGUGGGGUUAUGGUGUGGUCACCCUGAUAGAACCUCUAGGCCCUCUAUAAGAGAAGCAGCUAUCUAAGUGCUGAACUUGGAAUUAACUUGGCCUGAGCUUCCGCAAAAGAUGCCAGUUCCUAUGUAUUACAUCACACCUUCUCCUCUCACAAAUUUUAAGACACCAAAAACUCCCAAAUAUUAAUACAUUCAAACCACAAGUUAUUGGUAAAACUAAACCUCCCCAACAUAAGUUACUCUCUGCGUGUAAAGUGUAACACUUAAAUGUUUUUAAUUAUAAGGUUGUAACAACAGAAGACUCAUUAAGUGUAAAGUGUAACACUUCAAUGUUUUUUAAUUUAAGUCUUCUGAUUCUACAAGACCAUCUCAAACCAUCUUCUCUUCUCGAUAUAGAAUACUAAUAAAAGAAAAGAUAUAGUCACCGCAAUGCAAGGUAGUUCUUUCUCCAUGGUUCUAGUCGUGGCUCUGUGUGCCACUACUCUAUUGAGGUCGGGGCUAGCCGAGGUGCUUGUGACACCUCGAUUUCCUUCUAUUUCUGCUUUUCCAGUUGAUCUCACAAAAUGUUGGUCAUCACUGUUCAACGUCCAAGGUUGCAAUAUUGAAAUCUUGAAAUCUGCUUUAACGGGUAAGUUUGAAAACGUUGGAUCCAUCUGCUGCAAGGCAUUUACGGAAGUGGAUGCAAAUUGUUGGCCAAAAAUGUUUCCGCUAAAUCCGUUAUUCCCUCCUCUUCUUAAGGAUGGUUGUUCUCGCAUCAGCGCAGCUGCACCCGCACACACGGCACCUCAAUUCUCUGUCAUCCCUGGUUCUUCGAUCGAUCUCACUAAAUGUUUGUCAUCACUUGUCAACGUUCAAGGUUGUGUAACAGAAAUCCACAAAUCAGUUUUCACAGGAAACUUUGGUAAUGUUGGAGCAAUGUGCUGCAAAGCGUUUUCGGCUGUGGAUGCAAAAUGUUGGCCACAAAUGUUUCCGCUAAAUCGGUUCUUUCCUUUUCUUCUCAAAUCUAAAUGUUCUCGCACCAACGCAGACUACCUUAAAGUAACUAUAAAACCAUCAUUAAAAAUGCUUUAAACUAGGCUUAUUAUAGUUUCAAACUUUCAAUAUUCAAGAAUGUGCUCUAUUUCAAUCAGUCAUGGAAGAUAUUCACAUGGAUAUUGGUUUGUUCUAGGUUUUCAUAACUGGUUUAACCUUGCAGCUUUCAUCUAUUAAUAUUGUUACCCAUAUUGCCAAACGUUGCAACUCUCAAUAACUCAAAUGAACAAUAAAGACCUGUUAAAAUAAAUCGAGAAAGGAACAAACUCCAUACCACUCAGACUCUCUCACACAUUUAUUAAGUGCUUACACACUCAAGUAACAUAACCAUUAUUCCCGAUGUUAUAUCCAGGAAUCGAAGGCACCCUAAGCUAUUCUGAAGCGAGCAGCACUUCUCGCAUCCAUACAAUGAAGAAGAGUGUGGGAAAAAUAAAAUAAAAAGGAACCUGUCAGACCGCCGUGCAACCACCCCGGCAAGGUAGAACUGAGCCGAGUAACGAUCCUCUACAGCACCAGAUG